UAUAUUUGUGUUUUUAAAUGGAAAGAUGACAUGGCUUGAUUUCGGAGAUGGGGACUAGAUUGUUCUGUAGAAAGAUGAAGAACUAAAUAAAAAUGUAGUCUAAAUAUGCAUAUUUGGUUGAAUGGCCUGAAUUAGUGUAGACGUUUCUUUUGUUCCCUUCUUGGGCAUUGAAAUAAUUUCAUUAACUGGUAUUCUUUUGUUUCUGAAGUUUGUUCUUUCUCUUUUGAUGCUCUAGUUGUGUCUGGCUGUAGCUGGCUUUCUAUAAUUAUCAUUCAUCUUCUGAUCAUCCUUGAGGAUUGAGGAACCAUGAUGUUCAACAUUCUGGAAAUGAAAGUGCAGAUUAAUCAUAUUGUCUAAUUACUCUUGACGUAUUUCAAGAGCUAAAAAUUUGUGCAGCGGUAUUAGUAAUGGACUUUGACAAGAGACAAAAUGAUGGCACAGACUAUUAGUAAAAUGAACUCGAGAUGCUAUGCUACUGUGUGCUGCAUUUUGUAGGCUAAUAUUUCCUAGGGUUGCAUGUAAACAUACUUGGCUCUUCUCAAAAGCCCACGGGAAUGGAAUUGAGCUCCCACAUCCAUAGCAGGAGUAGUGAAAGCUAGAUUUCAUGGAAAAUACUCUUUUUUACUGAGCUUAGUAUCUUGCAGUUCAAAAGACUUUAUGGAGUUCCAAUAUUCAUCCUUUAUUUUCUAUUCGAAGGCAAUUAGCAACUAGAGAAUGGAUGGAGGCAGGGAUCCUUUCUUUGGUUUUGGUAAUUUCGGUGGCUUUGGAGGUCAAAGAAGCCUAAUGUCAAGCUUUUUCAGUGGGAAAGAUCCAUUUGAUGACCCCUUCUUCACACGCCCAUUUGGCAACAUGUUUGAGUCAAGCUUAUUCGGUUCCACUGGUAGUCCAUUUAUGGAUUCGCAUGCUCCUGGAUUUCUUGAACAUCAGUCCCCACACCCUAAUAGAUCUAGGGGACCAAUUAUUGAAGAGUUGAACUCUGAUGAUGAAAACGAAGGAAAAGAAAGUGGAAAGGACAAGAAGGAUAAUCCAAGAAAGCAUGGGAGGUCUAGCACAGAGCCUUUUGUUGAGGAUCCAGAUGAUGAAGUUACUGAGAGAAAAAGUAAGCAAAUGACUCCUAGAAAUGAUUUUUACCAGAUGCAAAAUGUAAGGCCACGGCCCCAAACAAGCAGCUUCACUUUCCAUAGCUCCACUGCUACUUACGGUGGUGCAAAUGGUGCAUAUCGCACUUCAUCUAGAACCAGGAGGACGGGUAGUGAUGGAUUAACAAUGGAAGAGCGCAAAGAAGCCAAUUCAUCUACACGUCAAGCAUCUCAUAUGCUGUCAAGGGGGAUACAUGAGAAGGGUCGUUCUGUGUCACGAAAACUGAACUCAGAUGGUAGGGUGGAUGCAAUGCAAGCCCUUCAUAAUCUUAAUGAAGAUGAACUUGUCAGUUUUGAGGAAGCCUGGAAUGGAAAAGCUAGACAACAUCCUGGCUUGAGUGAAGGAUUCAAUAUGCAAGGUGUUAUAGGAUCUGGAAGCAGUGGUCAGCAUGGGCCAAACAGGGGAGGUUUGGCACUUCCUUCGACUCAAAGCUCAAACUACAUAGGGAGUACAAAUCCAAACAUGGGACAUGGGGUGGGUCCAUCUCGUUCACGGGGUAGAUCAAGAUUUCCUGGUGCCAAUGGUGUAGAUCCAGCAAUGAGGCGUUAGGAUGCUCAGGAGAUGCUCUCUUAAGUUCUUGAAAUAUGAUGCACGAUUGGCCCGAGUUUCACUGCCCUGAGGGUCUUUUUAAGAAUUCUGUUAUGAAAUAGUAGAAAUGCUUUAGUGAAAAGCAACAUUACUGUUCUGUUAUGAAUUGCUAUUCUGUCGAAUGCUGAUUGAUUGACAAUGAUACAUGAAUUAGUAUGUAAUGAGUGAAAUAACAAAGAAAUCAUUCAAGA